AUGUCAGGAAAUCCGCAUCCCCCAAGCCUUAAGAGAUGGCUCCUACUGGGUUUUAUGCUGGUCACCAUGUUUAUGUCGAUGUGGAUUCCCAAUACUGCGUCUGCAUCGAUCAUGGUCCCCAUCGUCAUGGCUGUGUUGGAUCAGAUACAAGUUAUCACCAAGGAGGCCGAAGUGACGCUUGUCAGUCCCAUGAAGUCCCCAGAUCGCCCUGCUGGCCAGGUCGUUGAAGAGGCGCUUCGACAUGACAACGAGCUGCAUAUAACCCAGAUGCGCAAGGUGAUGCUGCUGUCGGUCGCCUACGCCGCCAACAUCGGCGGCACAGGAUCGGUGAUCGGCACGCCACCCAAUCUGAUCUUGCAGGCGAUGUACGCUAAGCACUUCAAGCAAGACGACCUCACCUUCCUGGCGUGGAUGCUAUACAACGUGCCACCAAUGCUUGCCUGCACUUUCCUGGCGUGGGUCUACACACAGUGGAUCGUGGCCAAACUCACACCCAAGGGCACGGAACGAGAAAGUCGCGAGAAGAUCAAGCAGGAGCUUGAGCGCCACUACAACAACCUUGGACCGCUCAAGUUCCAGGAGGCGGCAGUGCUGUUGCUCACCUGCAUCCUGAUAUUUCUCUGGCUCACGCAAAACCCCCGAAUUGUCCCCGGUUGGGCAAGCCUGUUCCCGUACGGCAAAGACAUCACGUCGUGCGUGCCGGCGGUGCUCAUUACCAUCUUGAUGUUCGUGGUGCCCAAGGACCCACUGCGCGGGUCCAAGAGCCUAGGCCUCCUCACCUGGGAGGAGGCCAAUUCCAAAGUUCACUGGGGAGUCGUGCUCAUUAUAUGCGGUGGCAUGACUCUUGCCGAGGCUUCCAAGGUGUCGGGUCUGUCCACGAUUCUGGUGAGCAAGCUGCGCGGCCUGAACGUGAUGCCGAGCUACGUGGUGGUGUCCAUCCUCUGCUUCUCCGCCUCCAUGCUCACCGAAUUCACCAGCAACACGGCCAUCAGCGCCAUCAUGCUACCCAUCGUGUUUGAGAUGGCCGUGGCGCUCGAAGUACACCCGCUGUACUUCGCCAUACCGGUGACCAUCGCCUGCUCGUUCUCAUUCAUGCUUCCGGCGGCAACGCCGCCAAACGCCAUUGUUUUCGAGAUGGGGAACUUCAAGGUGUCCGACAUGGCGUCUCCGGGCUUCCUCAUGAACAUGGUGUGCGUCAGCGUGGAGCUCGUCUGCAUCCACACGCUGGGGCCGCUCGUAUUCGGCGUGCAGAAUUACCCGGCGUGGGCGGCGCACAACGCGACCGAGAAGCCGGCGCUGUCCGGUUGAGCGGCGCGCUCAUUAAACGACCACACGCAACUAUACUUGCGUGGUCUCACGUGGUAUCGCCACCAAUAUCGUUAAUUGUCCCUCCUGAUUUGAACUUCGUGACGUAUCGCUGCGCUUUCUUUUUUCUUCUUCUUUUUUUUUUUCAUUGGUUAAACAUGCAGCGUGAAGCGCACUUAAUCUCACGAAAUCGUGUGGCAUCGGACCCCAGCGACGCUCGCACGCGGUAAAAACGAAAAAUUACGAAAUUAAUGCAGAGCUCGCUUAGGGUCCUCGGCUUGUACUAUAACCAACACGCUUGCCCUUAAGGCUGUGCAAGCUUGACAGAUAACUCAAACUAUAUCCACUUGCGAUGAGAGAAGCCGUAUAGUUGAAAACUUGAUUAUGACCACUUGAUACGCACCAAAAUAUUCGACGCGAAAGUUUAGCAAAGAUGACUAGUAAAGAUUGUCAUUGGUUUUCAUGUCGUCUGUAGCAGCUAUCACGUUUACUUGCCGCAAAAAGUCGCUAAGCAAGAAAACUUGAUAUCUCGCCAUCAACGAUUGUCAUCUAUGGGUAAGGUCAUGGUAUUGUCGCUA